AUGGCGACGAGUAUUGGGAUAAUGGAUAGCGCUUAUUUUGUCGGUAGAAAUGAGAUUCUGACUUGGAUCAAUAAUCGUCUUCAACUUAAUCUCUCUCGCAUUGAGGAGGCUGCAUCCGGUGCUGUGCAAUGCCAGAUGAUGGACAUGACGUAUCCCGGGGUAGUGCCGAUGCACAAGGUUAACUUUGAUGCCAAGACAGAGUAUGAUAUGAUUCAGAAUUAUAAAGUUCUACAGGAAGUGUUCAACAAGUUGAAAAUUGAGAAGCAUAUUGAAGUUAGCAGGCUUAUUAAAGGCCGACCUUUGGACAACCUGGAAUUCCUUCAAUGGCUGAAACGUUACUGUGAUUCUAUUAAUGGCGGCAUUAUGAAUGAGAACUAUAAUCCUGUAGAGCGCAGGGUUAAGGGUGGAAAGGACCGAAAUCAUAAGGGUUUAAGGAGCUCAAAGUCACUUCAAUCAUAUACUACGAAUAAUUCUGGUUCAGGCGAUGCACUCAGUCUAAAUAGAACCUCAGGGCCUAAGCAUUCAAGGUCAAGUGGUGGAUCAGAUGGGGCAAAUUCGUCAGCAGAGAUUCAGGCAUUGUCCAAGCAGGUUACUGAUCUCAAACUCUCGAUGGAUCUCUUGGAAAAAGAAAGAGAUUUUUACUUUUCAAAACUACGGGAUAUAGAAAUUCUUUGUCAGGCAUCAGAACUGGAGAAUGAACCUAUAUCGGUAGCAAUUAAGAAGAUUUUGUAUGCUGCUGAUGCAAAAGAGUCGGCAUUAGAUGAAGCCCAGGCUUACAUUAAUGAAACACUGGAUGCUGUUGAAGACGAACCUGAAGCUGAAACAUGA